ACAGCCUCGGUGGUUUUGAAAGUUGACUCGCUUCACGGAGAAAUUUCCAAGUUCCACGCGGUAGCAGGAUAGAGAUAUCUUUAUCCGCCUCUUUUUAUUUGCUGCUUCCGGGUUUGCUUUACUUUCGUACGUAGGUAUACUACAGCCGUGAAACCGCGUUACCAUGGUUACAAAUAACACAUAUUCGUUAUAGCACAUCCUAACUUCCUUGUCAGUCCCAGUAUCCGCCCACUGUCAACACCCGCCGGAGUCGUGGACGAGUCUGAGCUCACCUGAACCCUGGAAAGCGCACCAGAUACAGCUGUCCAUGUGUUGCGCCGCGCGCUCCGGUCUGCUCGACUAACAUAGAAAGCUGACUACAGGAGAUAAACAACAUUAAAGGAAUCUUUCUUUGUGGAAGAAUCGUGUUUUUUUCUGGUAGUUAUGCAGGAUAAAGGCACAUUUAUCAACCCUUUUUUCAGACCGAGGUGUCUGGCUGCAGCAGCGCCGGCGGGGAAAGCCAAACUAACUCACCCGGGGAAGGCGAUCCUGGCAGGUGGAAUCGCAGGCGGCAUAGAGAUCUGCAUCACCUUCCCUACAGAGUAUGUGAAGACUCAGUUACAACUGGAUGAGAAGGCAAAUCCACCAAAAUACAGAGGAAUAGCUGACUGUGUGAAACAGACGGUGCAGGGUCAUGGUGUCAAAGGACUGUACCGAGGACUCAGCUCUCUGCUGUACGGAUCCAUACCAAAAUCUGCAGUCAGGUUUGGGGUGUUCGAGUUCCUCAGUAACCAUGCUAAGGAUGAGUCCGGUCGACUGGACAGCACCAGAGGUCUGCUGUGUGGGCUUGGAGCCGGGGUGAUGGAGGCCGUGUUAGUCGUCUGUCCGAUGGAAACUGUAAAGGUCAAAUUCAUUCAUGACCAGACAUCAGCAAACCCUAAAUAUAGGGGCUUCUACCAUGGAGUCCGGGAGAUCGUCAGAGAACAAGGACUAAGAGGAACAUAUCAGGGUCUCACUGCCACUGUCCUUAAACAAGGAUCCAACCAGGCAAUUCGAUUCUUUGUGAUGACCUCUCUGAAGAACUGGUACAAAGGUGACGACCCCAAUAAAGCCAUUAACCCCUUGUUGACUGGAGCAUUUGGAGCCAUAGCUGGGGCAGCUAGCGUCUUUGGAAACACCCCUCUGGAUGUCAUCAAGACACGGAUGCAGGGUCUGGAAGCACAUAAAUACAAAAGCACAUUGGACUGUGCUGUAAAGAUCCUGAGGAAUGAAGGGGUGAUGGCUUUCUAUAAAGGAACAGUUCCUCGGCUGGGCCGGGUCUGUCUGGAUGUGGCCAUAGUCUUCAUUAUCUAUGAAGAGGUGGUCAAGGUCCUGAAUGCAGUCUGGAAGACAGAUUGAGCUACUGGAGCUUAAGAGUGGAUGGGUGGGUGACGGGCCUCCUUCUUCCAGAGCAUCAGACACAGAUCUGAGUUACUCAGACCUCCUCUGCUGGUGAAGAGUGAGACAGAGAGCUGAACUUAGAUCAGUGUCACAUGCUAAACAGGAGGCUAAUAAGUUCACAGACAUGGGCUAAACCUGGAAAAAUGCUCAUUGUCGCCCCCACCUGGACCGCUGGAGUAAAUGUGGAGCUUUGCCCCUCAGUAGUGAGACCUGGGCAAGACUGAGUGUCUCUUGAAACAAAGUGGAGUUAAAGUGAGCCAAAUAAUCGUGGUAAAAGAUGUUUUAUCCCAGAGCUCCAUCAUCAGCUUAAAACCUUAAAUGAAGUUUGAUGCUUUUUUGAUAGCUAUUUAAAAGCAACCAUUUUACAGGAAGACAUUCUUUUUUCAUUGAAUUUGGUUCACUUUCUUCAUAAGCCUGCUUUGUUAAACCCCUUCCUUCAGUGAAAAUAUUAUUUACAGUCAUUUACAGCUGUUUGGCUGAUGUUUACAGCAUAUCUGGAGGUGUCAUAACAGUUUUUCUUAAGUGUAGCUGCUUUCUGUCUCUUCUUUAGCCUGAUGUGGGUUUGAAUCAGAGGAGCCAGACUGCAGGUGUUCAUAGUUUACAGCCAUACAAACUGCAGUAACUUCCAUCACUAGGCCUUUACUCGAAUGAUUUUACUUGUGUAAUAUGCCAAUUAUUUUUAUACAGUUUAGAAUCUUAUUUACUUAUUUUUAAUAACAUAGUUUUAUUGUAAAGUAUGACAUAUUUUAAUUUUGUGCCAAAUGCCAAGCCUGUUAUACUAUGAAAGUGUGUUCAGAGUAAGAACAUGCAGUAGUAGCCGAAUGAUCUUUAAAAAGGCAAAUAUUGUGACUUAAGUAGUGACGAACUUUACAAUUGUAUUUAUUGAAUGCUGAAUGUUGAAUAUUCAAGAGACUUUUUGCUGUCAACUUGUGCCACUUGUGUCAGGUUUUUCCUGUAAUUGGGUCUGGGUGUUUUAAUGUAAAGAGAUAUUUUUGAUUGCUGUAAUUCACUGUGAGUCUACAUGACAAACAUGCAAAGUAACCUCAGAGAUCAUUUCCCCAUUCAGUGGAUGUUUCAUCACGUCAUCCUUUUAAAACAAGCUUCCCACUCCUAGAUGAUUAUUUCUUUUAACUCUUUUCAUUUUGGAUGGUUUUCAGUCUGUGAUUCUUCCUUCUUGUCCUGCACUAAUUCCCAACUUUGAGGUGAGACCUCUGAACAGUCACAAAAUGAAUGAGGGAUGAAAGAAAGUUGUAAAGAAAAGAGAAAUAUAGCCAUGUUUAAACCCAUGUUUUUAUUCAGGGCAUCAUACUGAAUAGUAACAGUUAACCAAAAUAUAUUUAUUUUUAUUUAAAGAUUUAUUUUGGGGCUUUUUGGCUUUUAUUUGAGAGAUAGGAAGGUGGACAUAGAUGGAAAGUGAGGAGAGAGAGAGCGUUGGGAGUUACAUUCAGGAAAGGAGCCACUGGAUUUGAACACAAAAACACAUCACUGGAAAAAAAUCUGGGUGUUAACAUUUUUAAAGUGGCAGUAUGCAACAUAAACAGAAGCCAGACGAUAGUGGUCUUAGUUUGAAAUUAUACAGAUUUAACCAACCCUGAUAUUCUUCUCACAGAGGCGCUGUGAUCAACUUCAGUUCAACUUAUCCCUGAUUAAUUGUUUCAUUUAGACCUGACAAAUUUAAAUAGACUACAAAGAAGGGUGCUUGUGGACAGAAUAGAAACACAUUUAUUCAAAGGAAAACCUUCAUUUGAUAUUACUAAUUUAAUGCAAUUUUCAAAAUAUAUUUCAACAAAUAAGUGAGGUAAUAAUGCGUACUGUAGCUUUAACUAAUACUACAUUCUCCUCUAGACCAAACUUGAGCUGUUAUUGUGACACAAUAAUCUACCUGAUUGCAGAGAGAUAACAUGGGGCUUAUGAAGUUUUCUUUUCUUUUUUUUUUGCCUUUAUUUGAACUAGACAGGACAGUUAAAAGUGUAGAAAAUCAGGGAGAGAGAGGGGAAUGACAUGUGGAAAAGGAGCCACAGGUCGGAUCCAAACCUGCACUGCCCACUUAGAUGAGUAGCUUCCUUACAUGGGGCACUACUAGGCCACCUGCACCCCAGCUGACAAGUUAUUGUAGUGUAUUUAGACUGGUAACUGCCAGUACUCUAUCCCAUUUUAGAGCAUGCCUGAUUCCAAUGCUGAUUCUAAUACCAGUAAGAGAACAGUACUGACUGCAGCUUGCCACAGCUUCUUUAAAGGGGGGCACUCAUCAGGAAAUCAUGAGAUUUAAGUCUGUUCAAAUUUACUUCCAGUGCUUUGCAGUUUUACCCAUUUUUUUUUUAAUUCUCACCCAUGUGCCUUUUACUUCUGUUUGUUGCUAAAAUGCCACUUAUGAAAUGGCAUCUUGUUAUCAAGGUGAAAAAAAAACUUCUAAAUUAUUUUAUGUGCAAUGAGAUCUAUGUGGUGUAGUCAUGAAAUACAUUACAUUUUAAUGAAAUUAUGUACUUUUGUUGGCCAAAUAGAAUCAUGUUAUACCAAAUAGGCCAGAAAAAAAGUGUUAUUGUUUUAACAAAUCAAUGUAUUCCAAGGCAGUGUGUGUAUUUGUGUGUAUGAUUGUAGGAGUGUGUGUUUUAGGGUACGAUGUAGCUUGUGCAAUAAUCAGCCCCCUCCUUUUGCCUGUGCUAAAUGUGAAACUGUCCUUUUUG